UGAAGACCGAGGUCGUGGCUUUCGAUGUGAGUAUGUGACGAUGAAGGCCGUUUAAGGUUAGGACUUAGGGGUUUAGUGUAUUAAGAUUUUGUAUAUUUUUUUUCUAAUUUUAUUAUUCUUUAAACUUAACAGUUUUUCCAGACAUUCAAUAAUUGAUUCCUUGAUAAAUCGAUCCCUUUCAUACCUGUUUUCGAUUAAAGGUGUUAAACAUGUCAAAUCCGAUUGACAAAAAAGGAAAAAAAAAUACUCGCAAGCAAGUAAAUAUCAAGCACAUACAACAUGCAGAAUUUAUUAAAAAUUGUCAUCUAAAAUUAAGAUUAAGCUCUAUGAAAAUAGGCGCUGAUGAAGCAUGGCGAAAUCACUGCUCAGACGAUUCACUUUUAAAAAAUUAUUCAAAUACUAUGCACAAGCUUGCAUCACAGUUUUGGGAUACAAAUAACAAAAAUGAACCUUCUAUUUGUAGAAUCUCAUGGAUAUCAACCAAUAUAUUAAAAUAUUUUCAAGAAGAUUAUAUUCAUGAAAUAAUCCGAGAAAAAUCUUUAGCUCAAAGAUUUAAUGUAUUUUGGAGUAUUGAUGAUAUUAYUUGUAUGCCUAAAAAUCCCUUUUAUCUACUUGAUGUAGGAAGUUGUUAUAAUCCUUUUCAAAAAUAUUUAUCAUAUAAAGUAUUGCCAAUAGAUAUUGCACCAGCUAUUAACAAUGUUGUUAAAUGUGAUUUUCUUACAGUACCUCUGAGUACAAAGUUAAAUAUUAUUGAUAAUGUUUGUCAAACAUUACCAUUGUCCAAUUUUGAUAUAGUCGUAUUUUCUUUAUUUCUUGAAUAUUUUCCAUUGCCACAACAAAGAUAUAAAUGUUGUGAAAAAGCUUAUAGGGUUCUUAAACCAGGUGGUUUAUUAGUUAUUGUGACCCCUGAUUCUAGUCAUGCAUCAUAUAAUUCCAAAAUAAUGAAAAAUUGGAAAAUAUCAUUAAGUAAUUUAGGGUUUUGGCGUAUCAAAUAUGAAAAACUUACUCAUUUACAUUGYAUGGUGUUUAGAAAAUGUUUAUUUGAACAAAUUCCCAGAAAUUGGUUGCAUUCUUUGAAUAUUAUAAGUAACAUUGAAGAUUUAAUAACUAUCCCACAAGAUUCUCGGAAUUAUGAAAAAAUUAUUGAAACAUCAGAAACUAUAAUAAAACGUGAAGAUGAUGAUGUGGUUGCUAACUUAUUUUCUGAAUUAGUUAAUGUAUAAAUAAAGUUUAAAUACAAUACAAUUUAAAAWUUUUAAAUUAUAGUUUUAWGCUUAAUACUAUUAA